AUGGCCCACGGAUCGUGGCCAUUUGGCGCCGGGGGAUCUCCCCAUGGCAGCCCAGCUCGCUCUCGGCCCGGGCUCUCUUCGGUUCCGGAGAAGCGCGCCGCCAAGUCCCUGGCCUCCACCAACUCCCCCUCGCGGCUGCAUUGCUCCUCGCUGGUGAACUCCCCCUCCGGAGGGAUGAUCUUCGGGAGCUCGGCCAGUGGGGAUCUCUUCUCCUCCAUGUCACUCCUUGAGUCGGCGCCCGCCUCCUCCCCUGCCGCCGCCGCCGCCGCCGCCGCCGCCGCCGGGGGGGGCGAGCCCAAAGACUUGUGCCUGAUCGCGGCCGGCCCCGCCUCCUGUCCCGGGGGUGGGCUGAUGGCCGAGCAGCCCCCUUCGGCGCCCCUGCUCGGGCCGCUGGACGCCGGGGACUGGGAUCCCUGGCAGCCGGGGCCGCCAUCGGCCUGCUCCUCCUCGUCCCCGCUGCCGGGAAGCGGGCCUGACCCGGACGCCGGGACCGACGCCGUGGUGGUCACCCUCCGGUCUUUCGGCCUGUACAGCUCGCAGAUGGGCCCUUCGCGCAUGUCGUCGCUGAAUGUGGCCGGCUCGGCCGGCCGCCCAGGGCCGCGCUACGUGACCGGGUCUCGUGUGGCCGGCCGCUACCACCACCAGCCCGGGGCCACGCCCACGCACGCGGUGUCCUUCGCCCCGCAGCGCGUGCCCUUCACACCGACGGCCCCGAAUAGCCCGGCCCUGGGGGGUCGGGUCGUGGCCACGCCCAUUCCCGUCAGCCCGCAUGCCAGCCGCUCUCCGAGUGUCGGCCUUCGCAGUCCCACAGCCCCGCACAGUGUCCCGGCCAGCCAUGUGGAGGGCUCCCCCUCGACCGGGGCUUCACCUUCUUUGCCCCCUGCCCGGGACUCCGGCGCCCGGGUGGUCACCUUCUCCGGGCAGCAGCCAUGGGCUCCGCCGGCUCUCGGUGCCGGCCGGCCUGGAGCUCCGCUAUCAAGUCCCCCCCCCAUCGGCGGCCCCGGCCAGCCUGGCACUCCCACCCUCUCGCCAUCAACCUCCCGGCCAAUGGACUUGGACUUGCAGGCAGGCGAUGCGGCCAUGGGACAGGCGGCCGCCUCUUCCGAGGCACCCCCCCGGCCAACGGGCAUCUUCACCAGCGUCACUUUCCUCGGGCCGGGCGGCAGCACAACCGGCACCAGCGGUCCCGGUGCCGAGCAGAGCUUCGGCUUCACGAGCGGCGCAUGGCCCCUGGCCGCCGAGUCGGCCCCCUCGCUGGACCACCUGCCCAUCGAGCUGCCGGCCUGGUCGCUUGCCCCGUCGGCCUCCUCUUCGACGUCCUCCCUGCCGGGGGCGGCCGGGUUUUCCCUUUCCUCCUCCUUCUCCUUUGAUGACCCCUCCCCGGCGUCGAAUUCCGAGUCGCCGGCUCACGCCUUCGAGCCUCCUGGCGCCGCUGCCUUCACAUCCUUCCUCAGUCCGCGGUCCGCCACUCGCGAGGGGCCUCCCUUCCCCCAGGGCCCGACCUUCGUGCCGCUGACCACCCCGCACGACCGGACCCCGGGCCCGGGGGCCGCGCCUCUGGCUGGCCCUGCGUCCAUCGAUGGGACGACCAUCGUCCGGCCCUCCUCGCCCGGGGGGGCAGCCGAUGGCCGGCUUUUCCUGGAUGCCAGCCCUAGCCUGCAGCUGUGGCGUCACCAGCCUGCCGGCUCUGCCACCGCCGAGGGAGGGCUCCUGGCGCAAACCCCCCGACCCGGGUCGGCCAGGGCCCUUUGCUCUCGGGGCCUGGCGUUGCUUUGCACGCCGGCCCCGGCGGGCACUCCUGCCUCGCCGGACAGCAUGCGCCUCCGGGCACCGCUGAUCCUGGACACCCCGGCCACCAGCACCACGGACAGGGCCCGGUCGCGGCGCUGCCGGCGGCCAUCACCCCGGCAUGAGGCCAUCCUCCUGCGCCAAGUGGCCAAGGCCCGCAUGCGCGCUGGACGGCCGCCGGCCGCGGCUUCGCCAAGCCGAUACCACUCCCCCAUGCUGGCCGUCGAACAGCCGGCCCUCGGUGUGGCCGACAUCGUGGCCCUUCUGCGGGCUGGCGCCGUGGCCACCAGCCUGACGCUGCUCCUCGGCCUGACCCUGGCCACAGUGCCCGGGGCCGGUGCCCCUGCCCGGGCGGCCGAAAUCCAGGAGCUCGUCGAACUGACAGCCCUGGCCCAGCCGCUGAUGUCUCCUGCGGCCGGCGAUGGGCCUGCUUCGGCUCGGCCGGCCGACACCCCCAUCCGGUCGGGGCACGUGCGCCGGGCGUGUGUUCACGCGCGUCGCCUCUUCCAGGAGGCCCGCCAGCAGGACCUGUUGCCGCAGGCGCUCCCCGGGCAUGCGGCCAACGCCGAGGCCGCAUGGGUCCUGCUUUGUCUGGUGCAGGCCUUCCUCCUGCGCCGGCCGCUGCUGGCACUACGUGUUUUGAAUGGCGCCCCCGCUGAGGCCAUGUCGCCUCCCGCCCGUGCAUUGGUUUUCGACGCGGCGGUGGGCGUCCUGCUGGCCCAGUACCGUGGCCUGCACCAUGAGACCAGCAAGCCCGUGCUUGACGCGCACUUCUGGCAGAUCAUCGGCCGGUACUCGGAUGAGCCGGACCGGCCGGCCCUCACUCCGAGCUCCCUGCCCCGGUCUGGGCCCGAGACCGGAGCCGAGGCUGGAGCCGCCUCCGAGGAGGGGCCGCCCCCUGGCAAGCAUUUUUAAGGCGGCCAUGUCCCCUCUCUCGCCCCACCUCCCCCUUCCCCUGUAUUUUUAGUAGUUUCUGGAGCCCGCCUCCAACUGGGCCACCCCCCCCC